AUGUCAAUCGAUAAGGCGGAUCCUACGCAGCACCAAAACAACAAUAAUCAUCUCAACGGCCUAAACGGUCACUCUCGGGAAGAGACCGAUUCUCUCGUUGGCUCAAGCCCUGAGGGCGAUCAUCACCCUACGAUAACCUCUGCUUCUAAUCCCACCCAAGAGCCUCAGCAGCCCAAGAGGAAGGGUGGUCGCAAGCCUAUUUAUGCGACUUCUGAGGAACGAAAGCAGAGGAACCGACAGGCUCAAGCUGCUUUUCGAGAACGUCGAACUGAAUACAUAAAGCAACUCGAAGAGACCAUCCGCGUCCAUGAGUCCAACCUCCAUAACCUUCAGGCGGCUCACCGCACUGCCGCCGACGAAUGCUUGAUGCUUCGAUACAAGAACUCACUUCUCGAGCGUAUUCUUCUUGAAAAAGGAAUCGAUGUUCAAGCUGAGCUUCGCGCCAAGACUGGCAGUCCUAACCUGGGACCAACUCAUAUGCCCCAGAACCUCGUCCAGCCGCCCCCGAUCCAGCGCGCUAUCAUGAACCGACAUCACCAGUCUCGUCGAUCGAACUCGAAUAUCGCUCCCAAGGCUGAGCCUGUCCCGGUGCUGCCGCCUCCAUUGCAACCGCAUUCGACUGCCACUUCGCCCAAGAACCGGCCUACUCCAUCAUCUCACUCGAACUCGCCAAGCAACACUGGGUCUGCGUUCUCGCCUGCUGCCUCCGAUAACAUGUCGAUGCGAGGUUCCAUGACUAGUAUGUCACGACAACCGAUGUCUCAGCAGCCUCAGCAACCGCAACAGCAGCAAAUGUCCCACAGCACUCAGCCGCCUCGAUCAUCGAUGAUGCAGAACAGUGGACGGGGAACUCAAGCUGGAUCCGGAGCAUCUUACUAUCCUACUCCUGCCUUCCAGAACCAUAUCGAGCAACUUGAACAGGAAUAUGACGCCCAAGCCGAUAUGAUUGAUGAGCCUGAGAUUGAAACACCAGCUGCCCAUGGAGGGUAUUCUUCAGGCUACAACGGAGAUAACCAACAGCCCAUGAUGAUGUCUCCUGCCUCCAGCGGACCCGGACAUCAGAUGACACCAUCUCACGAACCCGUUCAGCAACCACCUCAGACAACCCAUUCCCAGUACCCGUCAAUGACUCAGCUGUUGGAUCAAAAUGGCCUGGACUGGGAUCCUUUUGGAUUGAGUGCUAGCAUGGCGUUCCCCAACGGACAACAGUUUCAAUUUGAGCAAGCCAACAUGAGGUGA